AUGUUGGCUGGAUUUGCAACAUUUAUUGCAUUGCAAUGUGAUUUACUAUGUGACAGUUUGAGGAAAAUACCUAAAGAAAAAUAUGUACUAAACAAAUAUGUUGAACAUCAUUGGAAAAUUCUAAGUUUUGCCAAGGAUACGGAAACACUUUUCAGUCAAAUAUAUUUUGGACAAUUUAUUAAUAGCACGUUAGCCUAUUGCAUGACAUUAUUUUUACUAACUUUGGUGGACAGAACCAGUUUUGAAUUUUUUUAUUUAGUAUUUUAUCAAACUUCCAUGUUUUGUUUGUUACUUGUACCCUGUUGGUUUUCUUCCGAAAUAACAACAAAGAGUAAGAACAUUCCAAUUGCCGCAUAUGAAUGUUUUUGGACAGAUAAACCAAAUUAUUUCAAAAAAGAUUUAUUAUUUUUCAUACACAUGUCACAGGAACCAAUUAAAUUGUAUGCCAUUGGAUUCUUUCAUAUAUCUGUGGAAAUUUUUGUAAAGAUUCUACGGUUAUCUCUCUCUUACUUUGCUGUAUUGAAUAACUUAAUGGGUAACGAAUCUGAAAACAAGUAG